CCAGUCUGUUCCGGCGGACCGAGUCACGUGGAAGUGUGAGGUGAGCGCCAGUGCUCCGCCACUUUGAGAGCGAACCUCUCUGCCUCCAACAUCCACGAUGGCUACCGCUCUUGCUUCACUCCUUCCACAGCCCGUCUACGCCCCUGUUGUCUCGGACGACGAGGGUGACGCUCUGCAGGCACCCGCAUUAGCGCCGUCGCAGUCAGUGAUCAUCCGCGCGGCUGUCCCGCCGUACGGGCAGCGUCAAGGAUGGAAACCUACAUCACCGGACGACUUUGGUGAUGGCGGUGCUUACCCUGAGUGCCAUGUCGCGCAAUAUCCGCAGGGUAUGGGGAAGAAGAAGGCUUCCUCUGGCAACACCCUCGCCCUUCAAGUUGAUGCCGAAGGCAAUGUUCGAUAUGAUGCAAUUGCUCAGCAGGGACAACGGGCCGGCAAGAUUGUCCAGUCGCAGUUCAAAGACCUAGUACCGUUGGCGCACCGGAAAGACCUCGAUGACACCGCGAGACAACUGGAGCGUCCGUCUGACGACGAGGUACAGGCAACAACUGACAAGACACGAGCUGCUUUGGAGAAGCUGGUGAACGGGAAGAUUAAGGCUGCACAGCCGAAGAACGUCCCAGACAGCCAAGGCAAGACGGCGUUCAUCCGCUACACACCAGGCCAGCAGGGAGGAUCAGACGGGCUGAAGCAGCGCAUCAUCAAGAUGACGGACGUCGUUGAAGAUCCUCUUGAGCCUCCGCGCUUCAAGCACAAGAAGAUUCCCCGAGGCCCGCCUAGUCCGCCUCCACCGGUCUUGAGAAGUCCUCCUCGGAAGGCAACCGCUCAGGAGCAAAAGGAGUGGAUGAUCCCGCCUUGCAUCUCCAACUGGAAGAACAACAAAGGUUACACCAUCCCCCUUGAUAAGCGUUUGGCUGCGGACGGCCGAGGCCUUCAAGAUGUCCACAUCAAUGACAACUUUGCGAAAUUCUCCGAAUCGCUUUUCAUUGCAGACCGACAUGCACGUGAGGAGGUGCGGCAACGAGCACUCAUGCAACAAAAGCUCGCAGAGAAGGAGAAGGCUCAGAAGGAGGAGAACCUACGCAUGCUCGCUCAACGCGCCCGCGAAGAACGUGCUGGCAUCCCAACAGCAGCACGACCAGCAGACAACAAGCCGACCGCGGAACGCACCGCCGCCAUGCAGUCGUCACUAGGCGCAUACGGUAGUGGCUCAGAGGACGAGUCGGAAGCAGGGGAAGAGGAGGACGAGGAUGCGGCGCGGCUGCGGGACCAGAUGCGUCAGGAGAAGCGGCGGGAGCGAGAGCGCGAGAUGCGCAUGUCGAACAUGGGCACGGAGCAGCGCGCGAAGAUGCUCGCACGGCAGCAGAACCGCGACAUCUCGGAGAAGAUCGCGCUCGGGCUCGCGAAGCCGACGCUGUCGAAGGAGAGCAUGCUCGACUCGCGGCUGUUCAACCAGGAGAGCCUCUCCGGCACGUUUGCCGACGACGAGGCGUACAACCUCUACGACCGCCCGCUGUUCCAUGGUUCGACCGCGGCGGCUGCGAUUUACAAGGCGCGUGGCAAUAUCACGGAGGGCAACCAGGACUCGUUCGGCGAGGGCACGGAGGAGGGUAUCACGCGUGCUCUCGACAACGACCGUUUCGGCCUCGGUCAGGCUAGGGUCGGAUUCGAGGGCGCGCAGGACCAGGAAGUUCGCGAGGGCCCUGUGCAGUUCGAGAAGGAUACUGGCGAUGUGUUCGGUCUCGACAAGUUCUUGGACGAGGCGAAGAGUGGGAAGAAGAGGGGACUGGAUACAGACGCUGGCGGCUCGCGCAAACGCCAACAGCUCGACAAGGCAGCCGAGCGCGAUUCAUGAAGCACGCAUGCUUCUUUUUCUAUGCUGUGCUAGUAGUGUACUAUUCAUGUCCUUAUUAUAUCGAGCUAUGAGUCCUUGGAGGCAGAUAAAUCACAUUGUGACCUCGUCUACUUACAGUACAAGU